CCACAUUUGCCACCCUUUCAAGAGGUGAGUGAAGAGGUGUCACAACACGAGAGCGUUGAGCAAAGAGUGGCCACAAAUGUGUCACAACAGCUCUUAAGCACUGCUUUCGACGAACAAAAAGCGGUCAAAGAAUCUCCAGAAUCGGUGACCCAAUCGGAUACCAGCGCUCAUGCGUUCGGUGACCAACUGGUGGACCAGUCUUCGCACCAAAACAUCGAAUACCAGAGCGAACAGCGAUUUAGUGGUCAUCCCAUCCAUCAGUAUAUCUAUGACGAGGAGGAGGAGGACGAAGAGGAAGACGAGGACGACCUCCAUGUGAGCGCUCCCGCCAUCGGUGCACACAUUGGCGCCGAUGAAGACAUGUUUGGUUCGCACGUGAGUCACAAUACUCGCGGCGAACCCAUCGAUGACUUAAUUCAAGGAUCAAAUGACUCGCAAAAGAUAACUAAAGAAGAAAUUCUGUAUCAAUUGUCUGACGACAACGUAUUGACGGCUCAGAGCUAUGGAAUUGGCAGUGAUCUGAGAAUUGGUUCCCAUUUGGACCACACUUUAGGUGAUGUUUCCACUGAAUAUCAACUGAACACUGAAGACCCGUUUUCGACGCCUCAGAAGCAGAAGACGGACAACAGACAGACGGAGGAGAGUUUCGAGCGAUUUGUGGACAAAUGCGAACCCUUUGAGACAAUUGGCACCGAUUUCGGCAUCACUUCCAAAGAGGCGACCAAUUCUUUGCUAGACUUUGGUUCAAGUGAUGCUCAGAUGACAGGUAUUAGUGAUGCGCCCAAAGUCUCGGACUCUAAGCUCGAGUCGACGCUUGAGUCUGAAUGGGAGACAAACCACUCCCUAAGCGGUGAACAGUUCGUAGAGUUUGCGGAGGAGUCGUAUGGCUCGCCAUCUGGUGCUGAGCGCACACACACUCAACACAUGGGCUAUGAUUCAGACUCGUCGUCAACCAAUAGAAACACUUUUGAGCCAACACUGCAACCAACCAAACACACACCAGUCUUCACACCUCCCAUCACUUCCAGCACUUCCGCCACUUAUACUCAACCGCGAGAGACCAUCGAAAGUGUCGAUACCAUCCGAGAGUCACCCAUUGAGCCGAAGGUUGCAAAAGAGAGUCGCAAAGAGAUUGAAUCCAAAGUU